GUUUGAUUCAAGCUUCUGGAGCAGGCUUGUAUUGCAGCUCUCACACUCUGAACCAUCCAUUCGACGUGCUAUAUCGGCUAUCAGCAUUACUUUCCAAGACAUCGAAUCGUCAUUGCAGCAUCCUGCGGGCUAUGUUGAUGCCAAUCCCGAGGCUCGACAGGCUUUCAACGCCGCAAUAAAAGAUCUUUCAUCUCGAAUUCAAGCCCAUCCUAACUCGAAACUGGUGCCAUUAGUCUGCUGCCUUUUGUUCAUCUGAUUCGAGUUUCUUAUGGGCAACGUUGAAUCCGCUUUGCUUCAUAUUCAGAGUGGUUCAAAUAUUGUAGCCACACGCUAUCACAAUGGCAACGAGGCCACCAAUAUGUUCUCGUUCAAUGAUCUCAAAAGCAUUGACGACCACAUAGUACCAGUUUUCUCGCGGUUGAAUGUACUUUGUUGUCUCGCGGGGAGAAUGGUACCACCGAUAUAUGCGCCUUCGACUGAAGACGACUCCCCUCAUGAAGAUCUUGCCGACUCAAGCAUACGCCUUACCAGUAUCAUCAACGUCUGUCUCCGAUACAUCAACCAAGCAAUCACCAAGGCGAGAAUAUCCUCAAUUAACGUUGAUGAUGUCGUUGAACAAAGCAAACUGCAGUCAAGGCUAGAUGCAUGGCGCAAACAAUUGGAUAGGCUUACCGGACGAAUGCAGACAGUGGACAAGCUUGAAAAACAGAACGCCAUCAAUCUUCUCUUGGUACAAUACAAAGUCAUUUACAUCUGGAUAAGGGUUUGCACCACAGCUGGAGAGAUGGUUGCGGACUCUUACUUCGACGAUUAUGAAGAGCUUGUGCAUUACGCGGAAAACAUCGCCAAGCCGGGCGCUGGAACGGCAAAUCCGCAGCUUUUGUCCUUUGAGAUACAACUCGUUGCACCACUGUACGAUACCGCGCUGAAAUGUCGCCAUCCGGCCAUACGACGACGUGCACUGAAUUUGCUACAGUCAGUGCCUCGGCGGGAAGGAAUCUGGAACGCACAUCAUGCAUACGUAACUGCCAAGCGAGUGAUCGAGUUGGAAGAAAGGACGCUUGACAAACAGGGGCUCCCAGAUGAGACUUCAAGGUUACAUGCUUUCCCUCUUCCCGAUGAACGGUCACGGAUCUCCAGCCUGGGCAAGUUGCCUUUCAAGUUUCGGGAGCUCGGUCACACGAUUUUGCUCAGUCCUGCAUAUCCCGGUCCGCCUGAAGCAAUGCUUUAGAAAAAGUCUAUGAGGUCUUGGGGGGCGACAGAUAAUCGUAGAGCAUGCACCAGAUACCCGUUGUCAUCGAACACUUCUCCCCCACUAUACCGCCCACCACUAGGCUGAUAUCGUACAGUCGCCUACAAUUGUGAAUGUAAAGAUAGUUUCCGUUGUCUUCCUAAAGAGUCUUGCUUCUCUUGUGUGGUUUUGAUUUUUCUUUGUAGACGUGGCGGGUGAAGCGCGUAGAUGUAGGUUUUGUCGAGGUCUCGUGGCAGGCGGAGUAAAGCAGAAGCCGGUUGCGAGUCUGCCAUGGCGGUGUGGUGAGUGCAAUUUCAGAUAUCAUUGUGCCAUCGUGGAUGUAUGUUGCUUUGUUUUUUUGCUCGUCUUUCUCAAUCCGUCUACAACGC